AUGACCACCACCACCCUCCCCUCUUCAACCAAACCCAAAUUCUCCCCGCACAUCUACCUUCAAGGCCUAGGCUGGACCCCAGGUGAACCUCUGACCUCAGCCCCUCACGCGCGUGCGAGACCGAUCACCAUUGCGCAUAAAAAGACGUUAAGCGGUUUGGGUAAAGAUCGGGAUACGAGUUAUAAUUGGUGGGAAGUGGUUUUUGAAGGUCUGGCGGGCAAGGUCAAGGUGAGUUCAAUUGACUGUGGGGCUUUUUAGAGGCUCUUUUUGAGGUGGCGCAGGGUGCGGGGGCUCGAAGGGGCUUUGGCGACGAGCGACGGGCGACGGGCGGGGAGAGGAGUUUUGGAUUUGGAGGGUUCACAUGAUUGCAGCUAGGAUCGCAAGUAGUGACACAAGAUCAAUCGUUUGUUCGUUUACAGGAAGCCCAAGAUCGCACCUCAACAGGCCUGAUAUCCCCCCUACCCCCUCGCCCCAAACCCUCCGCCCUGGACUCGCACUACCAACCUACACCAUCCACUUCCACUUCCACAUCCACUGCAACUUCAACGGGAGCAGGAGGAGGCUUGAAUUGGGAAGCGAUGGGCCGUGCCAAGAUGGAGAUGGCGAGGAGGCAGUUGUAUGCGAGCUUCGUGAGGGGGAAGGUGAUUGGGUCGACGGUGGGGGAGGAGGAGGAGGAGGUAGUGGUAAAGAAGGAGGUGCUACAAAGGGUUAAGCGGGAAAAUGAGGAUCGGAAGGGCAAGGACAAGGAUGAGAAGAAGAAGGCCAAAGAAGUUGAUGUAGAUGAUGAUGAAGGGAGAAAAGAGAGGAAGAAGUCGAGGAAGCGGAAGGCCGAGGAAGAGAUAAAGGAGGAGGAAGAGAUAAAGGUGGAGGAAGAGAUAAAGGUGGAGGGGAAGGAGGUGACAGGCAAGGCGCCGAAGAAGAGCAAGAAAAAGGACAGGAGGGAGAAAAAGGACAAAGAUGCUUCAAGCACAACAGUGGAUGAGACAGAUGCCGAAGUGGACGAAGCCCAAGAGAUCGCGAGGAUGGUCGCCAAAGAGGAACGGCGGAGGGAGAAGAAAUUGGCCAAGGCCGGUUAA